AUGGACACAUUAUUCAACUCUACAGAAAAAAAUGCCAGGGGCAUACCGCAGGCUCCAUUCAUUGAGAACGUCAACGAUAUAAUUAAGGACCCAAGCGACUUCGAGCUGUGCUUCAAUAAGUUCCAGGAACGGCUUUCUAAAUAUAAAUUCAUGCAGGAGUCAAAAAUGGCUACAAUAAAGCAAUUGAAGAGCAGGAUCCCGGACUUGCAAAACACACUGAAGAUAUGUCAAAGUCUGCGCAAUCGAACUGUCGAAGACAACGAGAGCGCUGAACCUAUUCUACUGCACUACCAAUUGAACGACACGCUCUACACAAAGGCUCAGGUUGACAUACCAGAAGAUCGGGCUGAUCUGAAAGUUGGGCUGUGGUUGGGUGCAGACGUGAUGCUGGAAUAUCCCAUUGACGAGGCCAUCGAGCUGUUGCAGAAGAAAUUGGUGGACUCGGAACAGUCUCUAACAGUUUCUACGGAGGAUGUAGAGUUUUUGAGGGAGAACAUUACCACGAUGGAAGUCAAUUGCGCUAGAUUGUAUAACUGGGACGUACAAAGAAGGCAGGACUUAAAGCAGGCUCAAGAAGGGACCAAAAACCUCAAGAUAUAA